AUGUCUGGUUCUCCAUCACCGAUGAUAGAAAAUUACUUGAGGGAAGCGAAUUUUUGGCACAUGACCACUAUAGGCCGAGGGUGCAAGUUGGACCCGAAACUCAUCAGUGCAUUAAUAGAGAGGUGGAGACAUGAGACGCACACAUUCCAUCUUCCAUGCGGAGAGUGUACUAUCACUUUGGAGGACAUGCAGUUACAAUUAGGAUUGCCGGUGGAUGGGUUCGCACUCACCGGGUCUGUUCAAUCUAUUGAUUGGGGAGCCAUGUGCUACGAUCUUUUGGGUGCGAUGCUGGAUAAUAUUUACGGAGGUCAAAUCGAGAUGGGCUGGUUACGAGACACAUUCCUGGAGCCAAGGAAUGAUUCGGCUGAAGUAGAAAGAAUACAAUAUGCUCGGGCAUACAUCCUUGAGAUGAUUGGAGGUUAUUUAAUGCCGGACUUGUCACGAAACCUCGUACAUAUGAGGUAG